AGGAAGUCGAGCAAAGCCAAGGAGAAGAAGCAGAAGAGGCUGGAGGAGCGAGCGGCCAUGGACGCCGUCUGUGCCAAGGUGGAAGCAGCCAACAAACUCCAGGAUCCCCUCGAGGCUUUCCCAGUGUUCAGGGAGCUACGACCGCAACGGCUGAACGUGGCCAUCGAGUGCAAACGAGUCUCAGGCUUGGAAGCCACCACCCUGGAAUGGGCCUUUGAGCUGACCAAAGCCAACAUGCAGACACUGUACGAGCAGAGCGAGUGGGGCUGGAAGGAGCGGGAGAAGCGGGAGGAGCUGCGGGACGAGCGCGCCUGGUACCUCAUCGCCCGCGAGCGCGGCGCCGGCCCCGUCGCCUUCUCCCACUUCCGCUUCGACGUCGAGUGCGGGGACGAGGUCCUGUACUGCUACGAGGUGCAGCUGGAGAGCCGCGUGCGACGGCGAGGGCUGGGCAAGUUCCUCCUCCAGAUCCUCCAGCUGGUGGCCAACAGCACCCAGAUGAAGAAGGUGAUGCUGACGGUCUUCAAACACAACCACGGCGCCUACCAGUUCUUCCGGGAAGCCCUUCAGUAA